GAUUUUUGCAAUGCGACAAAAGUAUUGGUCAACAGAAGAAGAAUUGAGGCCUUUGUUCCCGAUUUUUGGUCUUUUCGGCCUAUCAUCAUUAGCUAUCACGUAUGUCACAUCCCGUUUAUUUUCAAAUGCAUCAUACGGUUUUGUCAGUUUGACAAUAUUCUUUCUGCUCACUGGUACGACUUUAUUCAAAUUGAUUUCAAUUUUAAUGUUUCCGAUUUUAAAUCUAAUUGAAAUCGCAAACCAGUUAAAAGAAGUCUUUCUCAUAUUUCCACACUACGCAUUGGCCUAUAGCUUAUAUAACGUGAAUAAUUUCCGGAUUUCUAAUGAAGUGUGCCUUCUGAAUUUGUCAAGAUUACAAAAAAUGUCAAAGAAUGGAACAACGGACAUUGGUUGCAAUGCCAUCAAGUGUGAUGGAAAUAUUUACGACUGGGAUGAGCCGGGAAUUGGUCGCAGUCUCACAUACAUGACAUUAAUUGCUGUUAUUUUCAUUACUAUUCUAUGGAUUAUCGAAUAUCGAAUUAUUCCGAUCAUUUUUCAUCAUUUUGCCGGGCUUACACAAAAUGUACCGCCACUUUUAGUCACCAAUACAAUUGAUAGCAAUGUGAUAAAUGAGAAAAUCAAAGUGAACGCAAUGACAUCAACUGAUUUAAAGAGCAAUAAUUUGGUACUUCGUAAUCUUAGUAAAUAUUAUGGACAAUUCAAGGCUGUUAAUGGAAUAAGCGUUGCGGUCAAAAGACAGGAAUGUUUCGGUCUGCUUGGCGUGAAUGGUGCGGGCAAAACUACCACAUUUAAAAUGAUAACUGGUGACACAUCCAUUUCAAGUGGAGAUGCUUUUAUCAAUGGAAUGAAUUUAAAAAAGGACUUGGAUGAAGUACAUAAAUUAAUAGGAUACUGCCCGCAAUUCGAUGCUUUGCUUGACAAUCUCACCGGAACGCAAACACUGGAAAUCUUUGGUUUGCUGCGCGGUUAUCGAAGGAAAGAUAUUUCUGCCAUGAGCGAUCGAUUGGCCGAAAGAUUGAACUUCACCAAGCACAUUGACAAAGUGAUCAAAAGCUAUUCAGGUGGCAACAAAAGAAAACUCAGCACGGCUAUCGCUUUGAUGGGCACACCAUCCGUAGUAUAUUUGGACGAACCAAGUUCCGGUAUGGACCCCGGUAGCAAAAAAAAUCUUUGGGAUUUUGUGUCACAAGUGCGUAAUUCAGGAACAUCAAUUGUACUCACGUCGCAUAGCAUGGAAGAGUGUGAGGCACUUUGUAACCGAAUUGCAAUUAUGGUGAACGGUGAAUUCAAGUGUCUGGGAUCGGCACAACAUUUGAAGAGUCAAUUUUCAAAAGGAUUCAUACUCACAAUUAAAAUACGUUUAAGUGAAGAUCAAAUUGAAAGGAGCGAACAAAUAAGCCGAAUCAACUAUUUCAUUCACGAUCAAUUCCCUGGUGCAUAUCUGAAAGAGCAAUAUCAAGGAUUAUUAACGUUUUACCUGCCACACACGAGCGAAUUGAAAUGGUCCACAUUGUUUGAUUACAUGGAAAAUGUGAAAAGAGAACUGGGCGUCGAGGAUUAUACGAUAAGUCAAACUACACUUGAACAAGUGUUCUUAUCAUUUGCAAGAACUCACUAUAAACGGUGCCAAAAUAUUUCACAACAACCAAAAACGCCUUGAUGUUCAACUCUUUUAUUUAUUUCUUGUUUAGUUGAUAAGUAUUGUUUUAUUUUAAUUUUGAUAAUUAAAAACAAAAAUUGAUGAAAAAAAGACUGCGUUUAGCAUGAAACACAA